AUGAACAACAGUGAAGAUCCGUUUCAGCAGGUUGUUAAGGACACCAAAGAGCAAUUGAAUCGCAUAGGCAAUUACAUAACCCGUCACAACACUGCCGGUGAUGAUGAUCAAGAGGAGGAAAUACAAGACAUCCUAAAGGACGUUGAGGAAACAAUAGUGGAUUUGGACAGAAGCAUAAUCGUAAUGAAAAGGGAUGAAAACGAAGACGUUAGUGAUAGGGAAGCACAAGUCAAAGAUAUAAAGCAACAGUUUGAUGCUUUGAAGUUGCGUUUUGACCAAAGAAUACAAGAAUCUACACAAACAACCCUUCCCUCAGAAGAGACGAUGGAAAAUUCAGCACUCAAUAGCACUAUGGCUGAGAACAAUGAUGGCGGUAUGUCCAAUCCGUUUCAGGAACAAAUGCUAAGGGAACAGGAUGUUCAUUUGGAUGGUAUUCAUAAGACAAUGCAAAAUCUGCAUAUUCAAGCUCAAACAAUGGGGGACGAGUUGGAAAAUCAGGGACAGCUGUUGGAUAAUAUGGAUGAGGGUAUGGACAGUGUUGUAAAUAAAUUGGCCAGAGGCCGUAGGCAAUUAGAAUGGGUUUACGAAAAAAACAAAGAAAAAUAUGACGAUUGCUGUAUAGGCCUACUUAUUGUCGUCUUGAUAGUUUUAUUAGUUUUGGCAUUCAUUGCUUGA